UACAAGCUGGUGGUAGACGUUGGCGAAAAGAACAGUUUCAUCGAGGCAGAAGAAUUUUUCAACAUUGGGAAAAGGAUGGAGCAACUGGGGCUCGGAGGCAAGUCGUACAAGAUGGCUUUGUUGGGUCUGAUGCACACGCGCAUCGGCUAUGCUGACGAGGCGUCGCCGUUGAUCAACAACGUCUACUGGGCGUGCGCCCUCGGUCACUCUCUGGGUACUAUGGAGCUGGCAAACGUCAUCAGUCUGAUCGUGAAGAACGUUCAGUGCGCCACAGUGCUGUCGGACAUCCUUCGGCGAUGCGCCUUCUCGUCCAGCCAUGCGCUGGUGCCUUCGAAGACCAACGUCGACGCCAAAAUGCUACUGCUCAACCAUACGUCCCUGAAGCAACUGCUGGAUGCGGCCGUCAGCGCAUACGUGGAGACCGUUCAUUCGCGGUUGACUCACAUCAGCCCAAGACACUACAACGACUUUCUGGAUUUUCUCUCGAAGGCGAGGGAGACGUUCAUUUUGUCCGACGACGGACACAUGCGCUUCUCAAACCUGUUGGACAACAUGAAAGUGAUGUACAAAGGCAAGAAGAAGCUUAUUAACUUGAUUACUGACCGCUUCGGCGUCGUGUGA